CUAACACGUAAGAAAUGGCAUGCGCAGUACAAGAUGCGCAGCUAAUGUAUUCUGCAAUCAUGGCGACUCGUGCACUACGAAAGAUGAUGACCGGUUUUGGACAAGUCCUAGCUGGCAGGAAGUCAUAUUCAUCAGAGGCUCGUGUUAUAACUCUUAUACCAGGUGAUGGCAUUGGACCUGAAAUAUCAGCGGCAGUACAGCAAAUAUUUAAAGCUGCAGAGGUGCCUAUUGAAUGGGAAAGUGUGGAUGUUACUCCAGUGAAAGGUCCAGACGGUAAAUUUGGUAUUCCAUCCAAAGCUGUAGAAUCCAUGAAUAAAAAUUGUGUAGGUCUGAAAGGACCACUAGCUACACCCAUUGGUAAAGGACAUAUGAGCCUGAACUUAGCACUUCGAAAAGAAUUUGAUUUAUAUGCCAAUGUAAGACCAUGUAAAUCAAUUGAAGGCUACAAAACACCCUAUGAGGAUGUUGAUAUCGUUACAAUCAGAGAAAAUACAGAGGGAGAAUACAGUGGCAUUGAACAUACAAUUGUGGAAGGUGUUGUACAAAGUAUUAAACUCAUUACUGAACCAGCCUCUAGAAGAGUAGCUGAAUUUGCCUUUGAAUAUGCCAGAUUAAAUAAUAGGAACACUGUGACUGCCGUACAUAAAGCAAAUAUCAUGAGAAUGUCUGAUGGCUUAUUUCUAAGAUGUUGCAGGGAAGUUGCUGAAAAAUAUAGGGGCAUCAAAUUUAAUGAAAUGUAUUUAGACACAGUCUGUUUACAAAUGGUCCAAGAUCCCACAGAAUAUGAUGUUUUAGUCAUGCCAAAUCUCUAUGGUGAUAUUCUCAGUGAUUUAUGUGCUGGUCUUGUUGGUGGUUUAGGUGUAACUCCCAGUGGAAAUAUUGGUGCUGGUGGUGUUGCUAUAUUUGAAUCUGUACAUGGAACAGCUCCGGACAUCGCAGGUCAGGACAAGGCUAAUCCCACAGCAUUAUUGUUAAGUGCCGUUAUGAUGCUAAGGCAUAUGCAAUUCAAUGAUUAUGCUGAUAGAAUAGAAAAGGCUGCGAUGGAUGUUGUUAAAGAUCCUGAUUAUCGCACAGCUGAUCUUGGAGGGAAAUGUACCUGCACUCAAUUCACCAAUGAAAUAUGUCGAAGAGUUCAAUUAAAUGAUUGAGUUAUCAUAUUUUAAUGCAUAUUUAUACUGAAUUCAAGACAUGAAUGAAAUAUAAAAUAAUGGUGCUGCACUUUAUAUACAUAUUCAACAACACCUAUUUCACCUUGCAGUGUAAGCGUAACAAUUCUGAUAUUUUUUUCCCCAACUAUUAAACUUUAAAGUUUCUAGAAAGGAUAUUUUUGUUACAAAAAACAUAAAUGGCAUACCCAUACUUGUGCCAAGUUUGAUUAACUGCAAAGGUCAGAUGGCGAAUUUGUGCCUUGCAUUCCCUGUGUUGAUCGAUUUCUAAACCCUUCUGUUAUUUUCUAGGAAUAUGUGUAAAUGUAAAAUGUUUAAAUUUGUUCCUUAAUAUGGAUAUAAAGAUAGCACCAAUGAAUAAUGGUACUGCCACACUGAUCAUUUUUAAUACCAAAAGACUUGUGGCAUGAUUACAGCAAGACCAUUUUUAACUGCCAAUAUAAUCAUUUCCUUCAGUGUACUGAUUCAAGUUGCUUUAAUGGAAGCCAAUUCCGAUAUUACUGUUUGUUUUUUAUUUAUAUCCAUUGAGCUUAACAUAAACACCACCAUAUACCGUUUUUGUUGACCAUGUCCAAUAUAGCUUAUUCUUUAAAAUUGUUUGAAACUAAAUAAAAAUUGUGUUUAUUUGUGAUUAUUUUUGUUAUUGAAAAAUGAUUACUAUUCCAGCAACCAGGCUGGUUACCCAGUAAAUUAUAACAGUGGUUUUACAAAAUAUUGUGUUGAUUGCUAUCGUCUUUGCUCUGCAAAUUGCAGUGGUGCUUCCAGGAUCAAAAUAAGUGAUAUUUUAAUAAUUCAAUAUAAAUGCAAAUUUUGGUUUACAUGUGCUUCUAAUAGAGCAUAGAUGGUAUUGCAAAAUGACCACAGUGUAAAUACAUUUCAAAUACACUUACAACUAUAAAAUUGUCAUGUAUCAAGCUGUUUAUAUUCUCCAUAAUCAAGUUUCAUCAUGUUUUACACAUUGUACUCUCUUCACAUACAAGUCAAACACCAUAAUUAAAAACAACUGUAUUUCCACAAGUCAGAUGCAAACAAUCGUUUACUUGUGCCAGAAUUUUUACAUAGUUCUCUUGUCUUUUAUUUAUGUUAAGAAUUUAUGUAUUGUGUAUAUUCAUGUAAUAUAAUCUUGCUGUGCAUUGCACUUUGUUUAACCCAAU